GUCCCACAGAGAGUGCCAUGUGGGCACUGGGAGACAAGAUAGCCUCUAGUAUUGUGGCCCAGAGCGCUGGUGUCCCCACCCUCCCAUGGAGUGGCUCAGGGCUGACCGUGUCCUGGAGUGACGAAGGUCUGUCCAGCGGGCAGUUAGUGACCGUCCCUGAAGACAUCUACAAGAAGGGGUGCGUGUUCACGGAGGAGGAGGCGCUGUUCUCUGCCAAGAAGAUUGGGUUCCCGGUGAUGAUCAAGGCGUCUGAGGGAGGGGGUGGGAAGGGGAUCAGGAAAGUGGUCAGUCCAGAUAAUUUUGCCACAUUGUUUAGACAGGUUCAGUCAGAGGUCCCAGGCUCCCCGAUAUUCGUCAUGAAACUGGCCACACAUGCACGCCAUCUGGAGGUACAAAUCUUAGCUGACCAGUACGGCAAUGCCAUCUCCCUGUUUGGCAGAGAUUGCUCCAUCCAGAGGAGACACCAGAAGAUCAUUGAGGAGGCCCCAGCCACAAUAGCGCCACCUGAAGUCUUUGAGCGCAUGGAAAAGUGUGCUGUCACCUUAGCCAAGAUGGUGGGCUACGUCAGUGCCGGCACUGUAGAAUAUCUGUACAAUGACGAGGACCAGACGUUCAGUUUUCUGGAGUUAAACCCUCGUCUCCAGGUGGAACAUCCAUGCACAGAAAUGGUGGCAGAUGUCAACCUUCCUGCUGCACAAUUGCAGGUGGCCAUGGGCAUCCCCCUGCAUGUCAUCAAGAACAUUCGUCUGUUGUAUGGCGAGGAUCCAUGGGCCACCACCCCCAUAGACUUUGACAACCCCCGGUGCAAGCCUCAGCCCAGAGGUCAUGUGAUAGCCGCCAGGAUCACCAGCGAGAACCCUGAUGAAGAAUUCAAGCCGAGCUCUGGCACUGUUCAAGAACUGAACUUCCGUAGCAACAAGAAUGUGUGGGGUUACUUCAGUGUGGCUGCCUCAGGAGGGCUGCAUGAGUACGCAGACUCACAGUUUGGUCACUGUUUCUCUUGGGGAGAGGACAGGGAAGAUGCCAGAGAGAACAUGGUGGUGGCCCUGAAGGAGCUGUCUAUUCGAGGUGACUUCAGGACUACAGUGGAGUACCUGACCAAACUCCUGGAGACGGAGAACUUCCAACAGAACUGUAUAGACACAGGGUGGCUGGACAAACUGAUUGCUGAGAAGGUGCAUACAGAGACUCCAGACACCAUGCUGGCAGUGGUAUGUGGCGCCCUCCAUGUGGCAGACCACACCAUACAGACCAACUUCCAACAUUUCCAGAGUGCUCUACAAAGAGGUCAGAUACAGGCGUCUUGCAGCUUGACCAGUUCAGUGGAUGUAGAGCUGAUACAUGGAGGGAUCAAAUAUGUUCUGCAGGUAACCAAGACAGGACCAAGUAGCUACUUUGUAGCAAUGAAUGAUUCUUAUGUUGAUGUUGAGUCACACAGGCUGAGUGAUGGAGGCCUUCUACUGUCAAUAGAUGGCGCCAGUCACACAACAUACAUGAGGGAAGAGGUAGGCAGCUACAGAAUCAUCAUUGGCAACAGAACCUGUGUCUUUGAAAAGGAAAAUGAUCCUUCAGUACUCAGGUCUCCAUCUGCAGGCAAACUGGUCGCAUACUUGGUAGAGGACGGCGGCCAUACUUUUGCUGGCGAUGUUUAUGCUGAGAUCGAAGUGAUGAAGAUGGUGAUGGAGCUGAGGGUGACAGAGAGUGGAUGUGUUCACUAUGUCAAGAGACCAGGAGCUGUACUUGAUGCUGGAAGUAUAGUGUGUAAACUACAGCUAGAUGAUCCCAGCAGGGUACAACAGGCUCAGUUAUUCCACGGCAAACUGCCAGCUGUCACACACAACACUGUGACUUCCAUGCACGGUGACAAACUCCACCAAGUGUUCCAGAGUGCCAGAGCCUCGCUGGAGAAUAUCCUGGCAGGAUACGCCAUACCUGAUGACAAGGUGUUCAAGAAACGACUGGGAGACGUGCUGAAUACUCUACUUACCUGUAUAAGGGAUCCCAGUAUGCCACUGUUAGAACUACAGGAAUUGAUCUCCAUGAUAUCUGGGCGACUGCCGCCACAGGUAGAGAGGACCAUUCGUAAACACAUGCAAGUCUACGCCAGCAACAUCACCUCCAUCCUCUGCCAGUUUCCAAGUCAACAAAUCGCCACUGUGAUAGACAGUUAUGCUGCCACAUUAACCAAGAGAUCAGACAGAGACGUCUUCUUUAUGACAACUCAGGGCAUUGUACAACUGGUACAGAGGUACCGCAGCGGGGUGAGAGGCCACAUGAGAAUGGUGGUGCAGGAUUUAUUAAAACAGUACCUAAAGGUGGAGUCGCAGUUUCAACAUGGUCACUAUGACAAGUGUGUAGCUCAGCUGAGGGAGAAACACAAAGAUGACAUGGCAACUGUCAUGGCCACCAUUUUCUCACAUUCCCAAGUUCAGAAGAAGAAUCUUCUAGUCAUCAUGCUCAUUGAUCACCUGUGUGAGAAGGAGCCGGGACUGACAGAAGAUCUGGACUCCAUCUUGACGGAAUUCACCACGUUAAACAAUGCAGAGAAUGGGAAAGUGGCACUGAGGGCAAGACAGGUCCUAAUAGCAGCCCACCAGCCUCCAUAUGAAUUGCGCCACAACCAGGUGGAGUCAAUCUUCCUGUCCGCCAUUGACAUGUACGGCCAGGAAUUUCACCCAGAAAACCUGCAGAAGCUCAUCAUGUCGGAGACAGCCAUAUUUGAUAUCCUGCCAGAUUUUUUCUACCAUAGUAACAUGCUGGUGAGGAUGGCAGCUCUGGAGGUAUAUGUGAGAAGAGCGUACAUUGCCUACGACCUGAGCUGUGUACAACACUCCCAGAUGAGAGACGGGACAUGCAUUGUGGACUUCAAGUUUUUCUUACCCACCUCCCAUCCAAAUAGGUACAAGUACAUGUCUUUAUACAGGUCCAGGACUGCCCAGCCUGUCCAGAGUGCCAUAUCUCAGAGCCUGGUUCCCAGGGUGCCCAGUCUCACAGAAGAACUGAACCAGAGCUUUGAGCAGCCCGAGGAAGACCAGACGCCCUGCAUGAGGAAGGGGGCCAUCGCGGCCUUCACCACCUUUGAGAACUUUGUGGACCAUUUUGAUGAGAUGUUGGAGAGAUUUGCCAGCACCCCACCAGACAGCCCUGUACUAAUGGAGUCCACUUCCAGCUUUCUGGACAGGAUGUCAGAGACAAAACCAUCAGAGGAGCCAAUCCACAUACUGGGCGUGGCCUUGAAGGUUGACAACUCUGAUGUUAAUGAGUUUUCAAAAAUGCUGCAGUCAUUUUGUGAAAGUCAGUCGCCUAAAUUGGUAGAAAAGGGAAUUAGAAGAGUGACCUUCCUGAAUUCAUAUGCUAGAGAAUUUCCCCAAUAUUUCACAUUUAGAGCCAGAGACAUGUUUGCCGAGGAUAGAAUUUAUCGCCAUCUUGAGCCUGCGCUAGCGUUUCAACUGGAGAUCAACAGAAUGCGGAACUUCCACCUCACUGCCAUUCCUAUACAAAACCACAAAAUGCAUCUUUAUCUUGGAAAAGCCAAGCAAGUAGCCAAGUGUCAGGAGGCAACUGACUACAGAUUCUUUGUGAGGUCAAUCAUUAGACACUCUGACCUUGUGACUAAGGAGGCAUCAUUUGAGUAUCUGCAGAAUGAAGGUGAGCGGACGUUGCUGGAAGCUAUGGAUGCUCUAGAGGUGGCUUUCUCCCACAGUGAUUUCAAAAGUGCCAACAGUAACCACAUAUUCCUAAAUUCGGUGGCCACUGUUGUCAUGGAUUACGACAAGUCACGGCGAGCGGAUUGUAACCAUAUCUUCCUGAAUUUUGCUCCAACAUUGGCUCUGACGGACCCAACCAAGUUGGAGGAGACUGUCCGUAGCAUGGUAAUGAGGUAUGGUCACAGACUUUGGAAACUCAGAGUACUGCAGGCUGAACUGAAAAUGACCAUCAGGUUAACCACCAAUGGAAAGCGUCUUCCUAUUCGUCUAUUUCUGACCAAUGAGAGUGGCUAUUACUUAGACAUCAGUAUGUACAGGGAGGUCACUGACUUACGCACAGGGCAGAUAAUGUUUCAAGCGUACGGAGCCAAGCAAGGCCCCCUCCAUGGCAUGUUAAUCAGCUCUCCAUACGUGACCAAGGACCACCUCCAGCUAAAGAGGUCUCAGGCACAGUCCAAUGACACCACCUACGUCUAUGAUUUCCCUGAGUUUUUCAGACAGGGUUUAUUUAAAGUUUGGUCAGAGCAUGAAAGGAAGACAGGACAGAAGCCGCCUCAAGAUGUCCUCACCUACAUGGAGCUUGUCUUGGACCAGGAGGGGGAGCUGCACUCAAUGAACAGGCUGUCUGGAGAAAAUGAGAUUGGCAUGGUGGCGUGGAAGAUGACCCUUCACACCCCUGAGUUCCCCCUGGGGCGGGAUGUCAUCGUGAUAGGAAAUGAUAUCACAUAUCUGAUUGGCUCAUUUGGGCCACAGGAAGAUCUGCUCUUUAUGAGAGCCUCUGAGCUAGCCAGAAAACUUGGUAUUCCACGUAUCUACAUAUCAGCUAACAGCGGUGCCAGGAUUGGGCUAGCGGAGGAGGUGAAGCACCUGUUCAAGGUCGCCUGGGAAGAUGCACAGAACCCAGAUAAGGGUUUCAAAUACCUGUAUCUGAGUCCAGAAGACUUUAAGAAGGUCAGUCCUCUAAACUCUGUCCGUGCUGAGCUGGUGGAAGACGAGGGAGAGUCCAGGUACAAGAUCAAAGAUAUCAUUGGGAAAGAUGACGGCUUAGGAGUUGAGAACUUGAAGGGCUCAGGCAUGAUAGCAGGAGAAUCGUCACAGGCCUAUGAGGACAUUAUUACUAUGAACUUGGUGACAUGUCGUGCUAUAGGGAUAGGUGCUUACCUGGUAAGACUAGGACAGAGAAUUGUACAGGUGGAGAGCUCACAUAUCAUCUUGACUGGAGCAGGGGCGCUGAAUAAGUUACUGGGCAGGGAGGUAUACACCAGUAAUAACCAGCUUGGUGGGAUACAGAUCAUGCACAAUAAUGGAGUGUCUCAUGACAUUGCACCCAAUGACCUUGAUGGUAUCUACAAACUUAUACAAUGGCUGGCCUACUUCCCCAAGUGCCGAGAUGGCCCCUUGCCCAUCCUCCCACCUAUUGACCCCAUUGACCGUACGGUGGACUUUAUGCCCACCAGGGCCCCCUAUGACCCACGGUGGAUGCUGGCAGGAAGACCAGACCCAAACAGCCCAGAAGUUUGGCAGAAUGGUUUCUUUGACAAGGACAGUUUUAUGGAGAUUAUGCAGCCGUGGGCGCAGACUGUCGUCUGCGGGAGAGCUAGGUUGGGAGGUAUUCCCCUGGGGGUGAUCUGUGUGGAGACCAGGACAGUAGAGGUCACCAUUCCUGCUGACCCUGCCAAUCUGGACUCUGACGCCAAGGACAUUCAGCAGGCAGGCAUGGUGUGGUUCCCAGACUCUGCCUACAAGACAGCUCAGGCCAUCAAAGACUUCAACAGGGAACAACUGCCACUCAUGAUCUUUGCCAACUGGAGAGGUUUCUCUGGGGGGAUGAAAGACAUGUAUGACCAAGUGUUGAAGUUUGGUUCCUACAUUGUGGAUGGUCUACGUGAGUACCGUCAGCCUAUCCUGAUCUAUAUUCCGCCCAAUGGAGAGCUGAGGGGCGGGGCCUGGGUGGUCGUUGACCCGUCAAUCAACCCAAGAUACAUGGAAAUGUAUGCCGACAGGGAGAGCAGGGGCGGUGUUUUAGAACCAGCAGGUACAGUGGAGAUCAAAUACCGUCACAAGGACCUGGUCAAAACUAUGCGAAGACUGGAUCCGAGCUAUAUCCAGCUUUCUGAGAAGAUCUCCAGUCCUGCUCUGUCCAAAGAAGAUAAGCUGGUGCUGGAGAAACAACUGAAGCAGAGAGAGGAACAACUGGCACCAAUCUACCACCAGGUGGCAGUGAUGUUUGCUGACCUCCAUGAUACGGCUGGGCGUAUGCAGGAGAAAGGGGUCAUCACGGACACCCUGGAUUGGCCAACAAGCAGGAAGUUUUUCUACUGGCGCAUGCGUCGUCUGCUGCUAGAAGAAAAAGCCAAGAAACUCAUUUACAAAAUAAACAAAGAGAUGACAGACGGCCAGAUGAAGAACAUGCUUAAGAGAUGGUUUGUGGAAUCCGAGGGCACAGUAAAGACAUAUUUGUGGGAAGACAAUCCUGCCGUGGUGGAGUGGCUAGAAAAGGCUCUAGAGGAAGAAAACUCUGUGUUUAAUGAUAACCUCAAAUGUUUGAAGAGGGACUGCGUGAUUGAGAAGCUGAAAAACCUCCUGGAAGAUAACCCAGAUGUAGCCAUGGACUCCCUGGUCCACAUCACACAACAUAUGACUUCAGGACAGAGGAAGGAAGUGGGGCGUAUUCUGGCCACUAUGGACCCACCCUCCACCCCUACGUCACCUCAGUCUACGGAUUGAGCCACAAAGUGGUUACAGUAAACUGGACUUAGGCUUCUUUGAAUUAUUUUGCCUGUGCCUGUGGAGAAAUACUAGGACUAUACUGUUAGGCUGGAUGGACCAUUUGGCUGUUGUAUAGUGUUAAAGACUGGGUUCCCAUGCCUACAUUGAUCUAAUAGGAUCAAUCCAUCUCCAAGGGGUUUCUUACUA